UUUACUUCAUUGUUUUCCUUAGGCUUGCCUUUUGUUACAGCUUCAAACAAAUUUGAAGCCCUUGCAGCUCAUGAUGCCUUGGUUGAACUCAGUGGUGCAAUGAAUACUGUGGCUUGUAGCUUAAUGAAGAUAGCUAAUGAUAUUCGUUUUCUUGGAUCUGGACCACGAUGUGGUCUAGGGGAGCUUAUCCUGCCUGAAAAUGAACCUGGAAGUAGUAUUAUGCCAGGAAAAGUAAAUCCUACUCAGUGUGAAGCCAUAACUAUGGUGGCAGCGCAGGUGAUGGGAAAUCAUGUUGCUGUUACAGUAGGAGGUAGCAGCGGUCAUUUUGAAUUGAAUGUCUUUAAGCCUAUGAUUAUUAGAAAUGUGCUACACUCUGCACAACUCCUAGGAGAUGCCUGUGUCUCUUUCACUGAAAAUUGUGUGAUUGGAAUACAAGCCAACACAGAGAGGAUAAAUAAGUUAAUGAACGAGUCACUGAUGUUGGUGACUGCCCUUAAUCCCUACAUUGGCUAUGACAAAGCAGCCAAGAUUGCCAAAACUGCACAUAAAGAAGGGAUGACAUUAAAAGAAACUGCUACCAAACUUGGAUUUCUUACAGCAGAACAAUUUGAUCAGUGGGUAAAGCCAGAAAAUAUGUUGGGUCCUAAGUGAUGUUAGUAUAUGUGAUAAAACAGAAAAAAUAAAUUAUAUAAACAA